AUGUCAGAUGAGAUGAGAAGUCAGAUCUCAGUUUUGUCUUCAGGGUCUGAACUCCCUGAUUCAACUGUAAUAAAUGGAGUUUUGACCUUUGCCCUGACAAGACGAGAGUGUGGAGGACUGAGGCAGAUAAUAAAAGUCAAGAUAUCCAGAUGUCUAAGAGGACAUUCCACCCACAGCAAGUUGACUAUAAAAGCUCAGUCUGAGGAAUCCGGGCAUCUGUGGACACUCUCCUAUUCCCACGCUGCUUUCAAUCAGAAUAAUAUCAAAAUAAAGGAGCUCCUUGAAGUGAGGCCCUGUGCUGUAAAUAGUCUCCCAUCUCUCACAACACCUACAACAGCACCUGACAGCUGCUGUCCAAAAGGGCUCGAUGACGAAUUCCGCCCAGGAGAUCACAGCAAAAUAGGUGUGGACGGCUGUAGUGCUCGUGCUUUACAACGGGAAUCUGAACUGAGUUCUAUGGCAGGUAGACCAGUGCAGAUGGUUUCUGCCAUUGCUACUGGAGAUGGAAUGCAGAGCUUCGUGCAUGCUGGGGCAAACACUCUAACGAGUUACACCUCCAGCGCUAUUAAGAAGGCGAAAUUAGAUAAUGUGCUGUGCUUUACUUUUCUACAGGAUUCGAUUGCUGAAACUGUCAACUCCUGCAACCUGUAUUUCUCUUCCACUAUGAGUAGACCGACUCUGUUGCCCAGCUCUGUGCCUUUCUGUAGCGUUGUCUUCCUCACCUUAGCCACACAAUGUCUAGCUUUCCCAAAAGUGGAAAAGAGGGAGAUGGCACAUGCGUAUGCACAGGCAGAGCAGUCCCGGAAGAUGGACACAGGUGACGGAGAAAACAUCUCCUCUGCUCCAGAGCACAUGCCCCAGCAGACAUCCUCUGAAGCUCCUAUGGCACUAUCUCUGGGACUAUCUGUGAUACCUUUAAAUAAAGUCUUCUCGGUCAACAAAGAACACCACCUCCCUGGAGCUGGACUUCUGAAUCCUAACGUCCCUGAUCUUCACUCUUCCACUGAGCCAGAAGUCUCAGCCAGUGAACAAGGGCAUGGUCCCAGUCAGCUUGAAGGAAUGCCUUCUGAACAGAGACUGUCCAAGGCCUUGUCAAUCAUCGCUGUCUCUCCACUUACUUCUCUUACUCCUCAUCAGGAGGGGCCCCAGAGCAGCUCUAGCACCCAGCCCAUUGUAGAAGGGAUCACAGUUGUAACACGUGACUUCCCGAAGUAUGUGGAUAAUCAGUUGUUUGCAACUGAAAGUCAAGAAGCAGUUAGCUUGGGAAAUACACCUUCAUCCUAUGUAAAUACCAAAGAAAUGCUAACUGCCAGUCCAAGAACAGAGAAAGCUGAAAGAGAUGCAGCCAAGAGGACGACUGCCUUUCCUGGUGUCGAUUCCACAGCAGACACAGAGCAUGAUGGGGAGAGGCCCUCGGAGGAAUCAGAUGACAAUGUGCAGACCACUGCCACUACAUACUUGGAGACAACCCCUGAGGAUGUUCUGAAUAUUGAUUCAACAGCUGACAGUCUUCUGGGGGACCUCAAGGUCACAGUGAGUGUCAGCACAGCUGUUCCGGUUUCUUCUGUCCCAAGAGAUGAGUGGAAUAACACCAAAUUUGAGAAUGUAAGUCAGGCAAGAACCACAGAUUCAGGAGACCGUGCAGAGACUCGGGUGAGAACAGAGCCGGCACAUGGAGCAUAUGAGAGCUUUGAAGGGACUGAGGGGAGCCCCACUUCCACAGAGGCUAACAAGACAUCACACAAGAGAUGACAAUGGCCACACAAGAGCCAGACCCCACAUUACCCUUGGUGACACAAGAGCACGUUGAGGUCCCCAGAGGCAGUGGUGAGCCUGAAGACGGUAUGCCAUCCCCCUCUCCUGUGUCUGCUGAUGUGGGUGCCACCGAGCUCUCCAGAAGAUGGGAGUCUCUGGCCACUCCGGCCUCCACAGCUGUUGUCCCUUUGUCUCUGGAAGUUACCUCUUCUAUGGAAGGUCAGUACACGAGUGUGGGUUCAGCGUUUGGAGGAGGAGUGUGGACCUUUACUGUGAAUUACCGGGAUGAGUGAGGCAUCUGGCCCUUUUACCAGCAUGCAUGUGUUCCUACCUGGAGAGAUGGUCAACUCUCUUUGCUUGUAGAAAUGUGACUGGUCCCCAACAUCUUCAAUUUUGUUCUCCUAAUCUCCUUCAUCCCAUA